UUCCAUUCAAGAUUGAUGUUACGGAAAACCAACAUGGCAGCGGCCAGAAAGCAUAAACGCGUGGCUGUAAGUCAGCCAGGCUUUUUAUCACUCAAAAGCUCAACAGACACCUCGGAAUUAAACAUUGGUCGGAAGAAACGUGUUAACAAAAAUAAGAAAAAGAACUGGAAUAAAUUCAGUGACAUUCAGGAUGUGGAGGAGUUUUUGGACGACGUGCGACUUCAGGAGAGGGCCACGGGGGGAUUGAUUGCAGACAAAUCAGAUGACAGUUUGUUUUUUUUGGACAUUGGGGAGUCAAAGAAAAAGGAGAGUUUGCCUACAGGUGGUGAAGAGGAAGACAAGAAGAAAAGGAAAAACAAGCGACCCCUGAAGGUAGACCUCAUACUUCAGGCAAACUCCCACAUCCCGGCACCGAAAGAUAUUCUCGCCCACCAGCAGCCCAAUGCCAAGAAGCUGCGACGCAAGCAGGAGCAGGCAGAGCAGCUGGCAGCCAAAGGUGUGGUGCCUCGCAGAGAGAGGCUCCUGGAACUCCGCAGAGCAGCCUUCGCAGCCGGAACGCCAGUACGAGAGAAGACUGUUCCCAAUAACAACCCUGAGAGGGCCUACUACGACUUGUGGGGAGAUCAACCCGCAGAGACAGCAGAUGGCUUCUACCUUGAACAGACCAAAAAGAAGCCGGUUAAGCGACCAGAAAAACUGAAUGAGAGGCCGUCAGAACUUCCAGCCAUUGAGGUCAUUGCACCUGGUGGUUCUUACAACCCGGACUUCUUCUCCCAUCAGGAGUUGUUGCGGGAGGCCCAUGAGGUAGAGGUGAAAAAGCUGAAGGCAGAGGAGCGUCUGGAAAGGCAACUUGCGGUGAAUCGUCAGGAGCUAGCAACUGAGGAGACCACAUUUAAGGAGCAGAUUCAAGGGCUUCUGGACGAAGAGGAGCAGGAUGAGGGUGUGGCUGAUGAGAUGGCGGGAGACGAGGAAGACACUGGCAUGGUCUCCAGCUCACAACAGGAGAAGAAGACGGAGAGACAGAGGAAGAAGGAGAAGGCAGACAAACUGAAGGAGCAGCAGAGGAGGACAGAGCGGGAGGUGACCAGCAAGCGGCAGCAGCUCUUCCAGCUGCGCUCCAUCCAGCUGGAGCUGAAGAAGCGUGAACAGCGCACCCGUCUGAGACAGAGCCGCCGCAAGGCCCUGCAGCUGGCCCAGAAGACCCAGCCCCGCCGCCUGGGACGCCUCAAGUUCCAGAAUCCUGAUCUUGAUGUGCAAUUGAGUGAUGAGUUAGCCGGCUCCCUUCGGAGACUUAAGCCAGAGGGCAGCGUACUCAAGGACCGUUUCAAGAGCUUUCAGAAGAGAAACAUGAUUGAGCCCAGAGAAAGAGCCAAGUUCAAGAGAAAAUACAAGCUCAAGUAUGUGGAGAAGAGAGCUUUCAAGGCCAUUACAUAAAGACUGGUGCAUAUGAACCUACAGCCAAGACUGGGCUUAUUCGGUGGAUGGAGAUCUUUCUGAUGAGCUGCUGGAGCACACCAUCUGGGACCACGCAAUGUCCUUGCCAAGAAACCUGAAAUUAAAACACAUCCAUCCUUAAUCAACCAGUGGUUUGCCUUCUGCCAUUGUGAUAAUUAGAUGGCUUCACCUCAAGGACCCUUUCCUUCCUUCCAUGACUCGGUCACUCAUCUCAGUGAGAAAUCAUGGGAGAUUUCACAUCAGUGCAGACAUGGUUUUCUUAUUGUUCAAGGAGCCUGUGUCUGUGUCUCAGAUGCCCUGGUCUAAAAUGCCCCCUUAGUAUGAUGCUGCUGUUUUCAUACUUUUCAGUAAAAAGCUGCAGAUCACACUUCAUUUGCCCCUGUCAGUGUUUAAUUCAAACUACAUGGCUUAAUAUCCCUGUCAAAACAGCUGCCAGGACACUGAAGGCGAUUAAAGACCCACAUUAAGUCAAGAUUUUCAAUCUUGUGUUAUGAGUUCUGUUUGUAUUUCUUCGUAAUGACAUGUCAAAUCAAAAAGGUAAUAAAAGUGAAGUAUUUGA